CUGAAGCGGAUCUCGGUAAGAAACGUAGAAGAGCGAGGGGGGUUUGGUUUUGCACUGAGCUGAGCCUAUUUUCAACGAUUUCAGUAAAUCUAUCUCUCUGCAAUCAUGUCUCCGUGAUUACCAUUAUUUCAUCAUACUCAAAUUCACCUCAAUUUCAUUUCCCCAAAUUUUCUGUAGUAUCAUUUCAGAUUCAAUUCGAUCAUAACCCUCAAAUGCAAUGGUGGUCUGCAAAUGUCGCAAGGCUACUAAGCUAUAUUGCUUCGUGCACAAAGUUCCUGUAUGUGGAGAAUGUAUCUGUUUCCCGGAGCACCAAAUCUGCGUGAUACGGACGUAUUCGGAAUGGGUUAUAGAUGGAGAGUAUGAUUGGCCGCCAAAAUGCUGCCAAUGCCAAGCUGUUUUAGAAGAGGGGAGUGAAUCUCAAACUACUCGACUCGGUUGCUUGCAUGUUAUCCACACAAAUUGCUUGAUCUCGCAUAUCAAGAACUUUCCUCCACAUACUGCUCCAGCAGGAUAUGUGUGUCCUUCAUGCCCCACUUCGAUAUGGCCUCCCAAAAGCGUGAAAGAUUCGGGUUCUCGCCUUCAUUCCAAGUUGAAGGAAGCUAUCUUGCAGACUGGUAUAGAAAAGAAUGUCUUUGGAAAUCAUCCAAUUUCGUUGUCAGUGACAGAAUCACGUAGUCCUCCACCUGCUUUUUCUUCUGAUCCAUUGAUUGGUAGGGAAAAUCACAGAAACUCAGAGUCAGUAGAUGGAUCAGAACUUUCUAAACUUUCAGUUACAGAUAUUGUGGAGAUAGAUGGUUCUAAUUCAGGAGGAAAUUUCAUGAAAAGCACAAGUCCAGUUGGUCCUGGUGCUACCACAAGGAAGGGAACAGUCCAUGUUGACCGACAAAACUCUGAAACCUCAUACUAUGCUGAUGAUGAAGAUGCGAAACGCAAAAAGUAUAUAAAAAGAGGUCCAUUCCACCACAAGUUUCUUCGAGCAUUGCUUCCUUUCUGGUCCAGUGCUUUGCCUACUCUUCCGGUGACUGCACCACCUGUAAGGAAAGAAGGAUCAAAUGCAACCGAAGCCCCAGAAGUUCGUGCACGGCAUCCAAAGUCAUCACGGAUGGACCCCAGAAAGAUUCUUCUACUGAUUGCAAUCAUGGCAUGCAUGGCAACUAUGGGUAUAUUGUAUUACAGACUUGUACAACGGGGUCCCGGGGAUGACCUUCUUAAUAAUAAUAAUAAUAAUAUUAAUGAUGAAUAAACUUUGAAUGGAGUGCUCUAUUAGUCACGAGAGUAGCUGUUUUUGAAAAACAUGGAAGUAGCUGGUUAGUAACUUCUUAUUUGAAUACCGAUGUCAGUGGCGUGAUACAUGUCAUCCAUAUUUGGUCUUUGCACUCAGUUUUGGUGUCUAUUUGAAAUGUAAUUGCAGAUUCAGAUUUAUAUGUUGUUCACUUAUUUGGAUCAUUGUUGUAAAUCCGGAAUCUUAUAAACCUCUGAGGUCAAAUUGGCUUGACGGUUUCAAAUAUAA